AUGGGAAAUCCCUCUCACGGAGGUGAACGACCAAGUCGUCCGAACCGAGAUCGAAUUCUGAUGAUGAUGGCUUGCGAUACACCAAUAAAUCGCAUCGUCGCUGUACUCGACGACCCAAAACCGAUUUUCAUCGAUAUGUCGACACUCCAACUCGAUGCCCAGGAUCAGGAGUGGGUGACUGCGGAGAUCCACCAUCACCACCGCAUCGCGCCGCCGCAGGCCCCAGACUGGAAGGGCAUAUUGAAGACGAUGGAAGGCCCGACUUGA